AAGAUAGUUUGAAAUUCUGGAAAGGAAGAGUAUUUUGAUAGUCGAUCAACCAUCAGUUCGUCUUCAACGAAUUCGUGAAAGGAUCAAGAUGUACAGAUCGAAGUUGUGGGAAUUAGUUCGUUGGGACGUGUUUGGUCACGAAGAUGGAAAAAAUGUUGUCGGGCCUUCGAUUAUUUAUCAAGAAUCUUCUAGACGAUCAACAUUGAUGCUCGAUGAGAAGUCAGCUGUCAUCCUAAAUAAAACAGAAAUAAUAAGUGAAUCUUCGGAAACGAAAGAACAGGCAGCAUCGACUACGAAGAUUUGAGGAUCAAAAGAUCAAUUAAAUAACUAAUUGUAAGAAUUGAUCCUAGAAAAAUUGGCUUCGAGCGAGUCUACAGAAUAUAUGACGAAAUAUUAUUUUGUGCAAUCCAUCUUGUUUAAUUCACAAUUAUAAGAAAUUCAGCCAAAAAAGUGAUAAAGAAGAAAAUAGAAGAGGAAUCGAUGAGGAAGAUGAAGAUGAAGACGCUGCAUAUACUUUAAUUUACAGGUAUCUUCUGAAAGAGCAGCGUCAGUAGUAAUCAACGAAUAUAAUUGUCGAUAACGAUGACGAUCGAUGAGGGAACCGAUCGCGGGGACGUCGGCAGCUUUGCUUCACCAAACAAUGCCACUGCGUCAAUCCGAAGCAUCGAUUGCACAGCCGCGAAUGAUCCAAUCGGCCCGGCGAGCCACGUGCAGCCUCGUCAGACCGACCCCGACAGUUCCGAUUCGAGUGAGGGCAACCCCCUUUUAGCCGAGAGCGCGGCAGUAACGAUCGAUGAGUCGAUCGGGAAGCCGAGAAGGAUGCACAAGGCUGAGGACACGAUGAACGCGGCACGUCGAAAAGAGUCUGAUGAGGAUUUCGUUACUGAGUCGAGCAACAUGAACGUUGGACCGCCCGAUGGCGGCCUCAGGGCCUGGAUGAUCAUGAUCGGCAGCUUCACGAUCAACGGCGUGCUCUUCAGCAUCAUCAACACGUAUUCCCUCAUCUAUCCGGAGCUGCAGAAACGACUCACGGAAGCUGGUGAGACCGAAGUAUCCUCCAAAGCAGCUUUGGUUGGCUCAUUAACUAUUGGAAUCACAUUCUUCCUGUCGCCGAUCGCCGGUAUGCUGACGGAUAAAUUCGGCAUCCAAAUAACCACCUUUGUAGGAGGUGCGAUCGCAUCUGUUGGCCUGCUUCUUUCCUCGCUAUUAACAGAUAAGGUGGAACUGCUCUAUUUAACAUACGGCGUUAUGUACGGGCUUGGUGCGAGUCUCGCUUACACCCCAAGCUUGGCUAUAUUGGGUCACUACUUCAAGAAAUACUUAGGCCUGGUGAACGGCAUCGUUACAGCCGGAAGUUCCGUAUUCACGACGCUUAUUCCGACUCUGAUGGAAUACCUGUUACGGCGUUUAGGUCUGGAAGGAACACUGAGAAGCCUGGCCGGUCUCACGGCCAUCAUCAUGGCUUGCGCGAUUCUUUUUAAGCCGAUACCAUUAAUUAUACCACAGGAAGAUGAAUCGCAAAAAAAGAGAAAAUCGUUACGAAAUAAUGUAAAAGAAUUCGUAAACGUAUCUAUUUGGAAGAAAAAACGAUAUGUUGUAUGGGCUGUCUCUAUUCCUGUUGCUCUUUUUGGUUAUUUCGUCCCCUAUGUCCACAUAGGAAAAUUUGUGUCUAUGACGUUCAAGGAUGCCGAUAGCAAACUACCGGUUAUGUGCAUCGGUAUCACUUCCGGUAUCGGCCGUUUAAUUUUCGGUUACAUUGCUGACUUGCCAAAAGUGAACCGAAUCUUGUUACAACAAAUAUCAUUUGUAAGUAUCGGCAUCCUCACGAUGCUUCUUCCGGUCACUAAAUCCUUCCUCGUGCUCCUGAUUAUCUCAUUAGGCAUGGGACUAUUCGAUGGAUGCUUUAUAUCAUUACUUGGACCCAUCGUGUUCGAUAUCUGCGGUCGCAGCGGUGCUACUCAAGCCAUUGGCUUUCUUUUAGGAAUGUGCUCUAUACCUUUAACAGUUGGUCCACCAAUCGCGGGACUUUUGUACGAUCAUACUGGUACCUAUGAUCUACCUUUCCUGUUAGCCGGCAUUCCUCCGAUUGUGGGUGCGUUAACAAUGUUCUUAGUAAGGUGCGUUAAAGAUGAUAGAAGUUCAGAUGAAUCUCCGGUUCCGGAGAACGCUUCGAGGAAAACGGAUUGCCAGAAUGGGAAGAUGAGAGAAAAUGGUUCGUCGCUUACCUUCGUCGUAGAACAGAAAUACGAGUUGGCAGUGCAAGAUAGGUAUAGACAGGUGUACAAAAAUCUGCAACCGUUUCAUCGUGUCAAACAACAGACUACAUUGCAAAAAUGCCUGACAUACGAUAGACAUAAGAAUGGCGAUUACAAUAAGUAUUCGGAGAGUGUACCUUUGCUUCACAGAGAGAAAAAUUCACGAUGUACCACAAAUUUCUUCAAACGAUCAUCGACGCUUGUCACUUUCUAAAUUCGCCUCUUGACAUCGGAAUCAUUCUUUUGCUGUGAAAUUUCAUUACUCAUUAUUCAUUUGUUAAAUGAAGAUGAAAAUGCAACUUGUUGAGAGAACUAUUUCUUUUUAUACCACUAUAUUUUUAUGUAGGAUAAGAAAGUACAGAUACACAACGUGUAUAUUGUGUGUAUUGUAUGUAUGCGUGUAAGGAAUAUGUAUAUAUUAUUAAUUUUUACUUGAUCUAUA